ACUUAUUUUGAAAGUCUGAAGCGGAAGUGUUGUCGUUCCCGUUGUUCCGGUGAGAGCAGAGAUUUGAGUUUUGGAAAGUGGACUCGUUCGGUUCUGAUACCGCUCGGUUUAUCCGGAGAAAGAAAGAGGUUUGGAAUAAAAGCUGCUGUCGRAACCAGGAGCUCCUCUCGGCUCGGUUCGGUUCGGUAGGUGUUGUGGUCCCGGUGAUAACAGCAAGGUUCGGUUCGGACCCACGGUGGAGGAUGAGAUGUUCUGUUUGGACCCUGAGCUCCAACAUGUGAGGAUGAAGCAGGUUAGCCCCCCUGUGAGGUCUACAUCCUGAUGCUCAGAGGGGACGUGUCUCUGUCCACAGCAUCACCUGUCCUCUGAUGAUGCAUCUUCACCCAGGAGAAGACUGGUUCCUUCCCUCUCUGAAGCGGGGGGCAUCCCCCCCGCUCACUCCCACCUCAGGGGGCUUCUGAACCUCCAGAGACCCCCUGAUGGAGAACCCCCUCGUGACAAACGUGUCCCUGGGCUCCGGGUCCACACCUCAGCCGGUCACGCCAACUGCCCGAGCCCCAGAGGUCCUGCAGGGUGUCGGCCUGCCCCUGCAGGUGUUCUUCAGCCUGGCCAUGGUGGCCAUCUUGCUGGUGUCUCUGGCGGGAAACGUGGUGGUCUGCCUGAUGGUGUACCAGAGGUCCGCCAUGCGCUCYGCCAUCAACAUUCUCCUGGCCAGCCUGGCGUUUGCAGACAUGAUGCUGGCCGUCCUCAACAUGCCCUUCGCUCUGGUCACGGUCCUGAGCACGCGCUGGAUGUUUGGAGACGUGUUCUGUCGCCUGUCGGCCAUGUUCUUCUGGUUCUUUGUGAUGGAGGGCGUGGCCGUGCUGCUGAUCAUCAGCAUCGACCGCUUCCUGAUCAUCGUCCAGAAACAGGACAAGCUGAGCCCGCAGAGAGCCAAGCUGCUCCUGGUGGUCACCUGGGGACUCUCCUUCGUUUUCUCCUUCCCUCUGGCGCUGGGCGCGCCCCCYCUGCCGCUGCCGCCCCGCGCUCCUCAGUGUGUCUUUGGUUACAGCUCCAGCCCCGGAUACCACGCCUACGUGCUCCUCCUCAUGCUGCUUUUCUUCUUCAUCCCCUUCAUGGCCAUGCUCUACACCUUCAUGGGGAUCCUGAACACCAUCCGCCACAACGCCGUCCGGAUCCACAGCCACCCAGACGGCCUGUGUCUGAGCCAGGCCAGCAAACUGGGUCUGCUGAGCCUGCAGAGGCCUUUCCAAAUGAACAUAGACAUGAGCUUCAAGACCCGUGCCUUCACCACCAUCCUCAUCCUCUUCUCUGUGUUUACAGUGUGCUGGGCGCCCUUUACAGCCUACAGCCUGGUGGCCACCUUCAGCGCCCGCUUUUACCAGAAAGACAGCUUUUUUCAGGUCAGCACCUGGCUGCUGUGGUUGUGCUACCUCAAGUCAGCCCUCAACCCUCUCAUCUACUACUGGAGAAUCAAGAAGUUUCGCGAUGCCUGCCUCGACCUGAUGCCUAAAUACUUCAAGUUUCUUCCUCAGCUGCCGGGCAACAGCAAGAGGCGCAUCCAGCCCAGCGCCGUGUACGUCUGCGGAGAGCACCGCUCUGUGGUUUAAAGUUAGACGAAUAACUCCUGAACACUGGUGAAACACACUCUGACCCCAGGAACCAUCACAGACCUGCUCGGACUGGUUCAUGUGUCCCUGGCUGCCACUGAUGGAGCCGUGUUAAAACAACGCCGCUGRUGGAGGAGUCUCCAAAGUGUCCCGAGCUUUCCUCACAUGAAGCUCAGACACUAAUGUUUCCUCACAGAUUGGUCCUGAUGUCUGGAACAGACUCAGGGCAUCCAUCCAGUGAUUCAAUGAUUAAUGAUCAGGAUGUCCCGAUCCGGAUGUUUUGGCUCCCGAUACAAUCAGAUUUUUUUAAUGAAUAGUCUUUCUGAUACCGA